AAUAAUGGGUGUUUUCUCACCAAAACAUUUUCUUUUGGUAACAGCUUCUUAUUUAUUAGAUUUGGUUCUUUACUGUUUGUUUCUCCUUUGGAGUGAUACUUAUUACACCGCUUUGCAAUCUUGGAUUGAACCACAAAUGUCCAGCACCUGUCAUCACUGUUGGAUUCAAAAUGACAACUGGAAAGGCUGAUGCAGAAACAAGCCAAAGUGGCUCACAUUCUCAGGUUUCAGGGAGGAGGGUUGUUGCUUUGAUGAUGAUGGUGGAAGAGAAUAUAUCACUCUCCAAAGAUCCUGAAAGCUCUGGAACUUCUACACCCGAGACCCCCACUCUGAAAGACUUAGAAGAGCUCCUGAAUACUGGGAGGCCCUCCUGUAACCAUGUUGAUGAAGUCUGGCCUAAUCUUUUCUUAGGAGAUCAUAUUACAGGCCACAGCAGAUUUGGUUUAUGGAAAAUGGGCAUUAGCCAUAUCUUGAAUGCUGCCCAUGGAACACUAUACUGCCAAGAACCCCAUGACUUUUAUGGUACUACUAUUGAAUAUCAUGGUGUUCCAGCUCAUGACCUGCCUGAUUUUGACAUAAGUCCAUACUUUUAUCCAGCUGCAGAAUUUAUACACAAGGCCUUGGCUACACCAGGAGGUAAAAUCUUUGUGCACUGUGCCAUUGGGAUAAGCAGGUCAUCUUCUUUGGUGCUGGCCUAUCUGAUGAUAUACCAUAAUUUAUCUUUGGUUGAAGCAAUUCAAACAGUGAAAAAACAUAGGUGGAUUUUCCCCAACCAUGGAUUUUUGAAACAAUUGAGAAAUUUGGACAUUCAGUUAAGAGAAAAACUGAGCCGAAGUGAAAAUAUCCUUGAUUGUCAGUAACAAUUAAUUAUUGAAUGUUUCCACUAUUUGCUGUUCUUCAUAUUGAUUUUCUAGCAAAUAAAGCAACAGCCAAUUCA